AUGGUGACCGCAGGGUGCGCGCUGAGCUGGGCACGCGCACAGAGCAGCGGGGGGUCAGUGCAUGCGGAAGGCAGAGGCGUCCUCAUCACAGGCUGUGACUCGGGUUUCGGCCACGGCCUCGCCCUCCGUCUCAGCGCCCGUGGACUGCAGGUCUUUGCUGGAGUCCUGGACCCUGAAGGCCCUGGAGCCCAGAGCCUGAGCCUGGACCCUGGAGGCAUCAGGGUGCUCCACAUGGACGUGACGGAGCCGCAACACAUCGCACAGGCCCGGGCACGUGUGGAGGCGGAGCUCGGGGACACGGGGUUGUGGGGGUUGGUGAAUAACGCCGGGCUCCUCCUGUGCCCCGUGGACGCCGAGCUGCACCCCACGUCCUGCUUCCGGAGGCUGAUGGAGGUGAACUUCCUGUCGGCUGUUGCGGUGACGCAGGCCUUCCUCCCCCUGAUCAGGAGAGCCAGGGGCAGAGUGGUGAACAUGUCGAGUUUGGCAGGGGAGGUGACAAUGCCCCGCUUCUCUGCCUACUCCUCGUCCAAAGCAGCUCUGGCCUGUUUCUCCAGAGUCCUGCGGCUGGAGAUGCUGCGGUGGGGCGUCCACGUGUGUCUGAUCCAGCCCUCGGGGUUCAAGACCAAGAUCUUCAGCUCGGACACGUCUUGCCUGAGACAGGAGCUGCUGUCGGCCUGCUCCCCGGACGUCCUGCGGGACUACGGCUCAGACUACAUCUCCCAGCUGCCCUCCUCUCUGGACUUCAUGUCCCAGAACGCCAUGCAGGACAUUUCUCCGGUGCUGGACUGCAUGGAGCACGCACUGCUGUCCCGCUGCCCCAGAGCGCUGUACUGUCCUGGGCCUGCAGCCUGGCUCCUGCCCUUCCUCCAGAGACACCUGCCCACAGCCGCCUUCGACUGGAUCAUCACACGGUUCAUCUGGGCCACGUUCUGCCCAAGCGCUGCACCGCGGCUCUGA